AAGCCCAUGGCCUUGCCCUCCAUCUUCCACCUGAUUGAGAAGGAGGGGCUGAAGGCCGUGGCCGCCCCAGGAGAAAUGACACCAAGGUAGCCACCGGGGACAAGAGGAACAUGCGAGUGAAGCAGAUGGGAAAGGAGCUUCAGGUUCAUCCUCAUCCUCGAGGGAAAACCUGAGGGCCCAACCAAGGUCCCACAAGUUGAUGCAAGCCCCUCUGCAGGGCGAACCUGCACUCAGUGCCACCCAGGAAGCCACCAGUCAGGAGCGGGCACAGAGUCUCUGGAAGGAACUCCAGGAGACAGUGUGGCCUCCACAGUGUGAGGCAGCCAGGGAGAUGCAAACAGGUCUGCUGUAGAUGCUGGCGAUGAGACCCCCUCUGCCCAGCCAGGGCCUGCUGGAUAAGUGUGGCAUUUCCGUGGGUGACUUUAUCCCUCAGGAUCUGAGGCGUGCAGAUUUAUUGGCUGGCUUCCUUCUUACAGUUUCUCCUCAGCACCCACUCAAGAGAUGCUAUCUGUCCCUCGAGAGGCUGUUGACCGAAAGAGGCUGAAGAGAGAUGUGGAGCCCACCUACAGUGGGACCAGCCUUGGGCCUGAUGAGAGCUUGGCCCAGAUCCCCCAAGUUCAUCAUUCACAAUGAUGCCUCAGAAACCCUCCCAGAGCCCCUCACCCUCCAACAGAUGUCACCCUGGAGCCAGCCGUGGAAGAUGUGCAGGGUGAACACAGCGACACCGGCCCCCGGUCCCUCAGCGGGGUCAUCCUGUCAGCGCUGGGGCCCAAGAACUCCUCGACUCGCUGCACUCCUACUGCUUCUGCUCCCCGGGGAACAGGAGCACAGGUGCCGCCUGCGGGAGCAGGUGGAGAAGGACAGCAAGCUGAAGAGGGGCAGCUGCCGACAGCCAGGUGCGCACUCUGCAGGAGGAGCUGGACGAGCUGAAGGGAGGGGGCUCCCUGCCUUAGCAGCCUGCUGCCCCCAGCCGAGUUUGGUGGCAGCAGUGGGAUCCAAAGGAGACGCCUGAUGGCUUCGAGGAUGAGAAACACAGUCAUUGGUACCCGCAAAACCUUUGAGUUCUCCAUCUUUUUCGCUGUUUCUGAGGGCUGUGGGAGAUGAGCUGCCGUGACCCUCUUACCCUUGUCCGGUGUGAGCUUCUGGAGGCCACUGAGGCAGAGCCAGAUGCGUCAGCUGCAGAGCUCCAGCCAGCGGCAGAAGAAGAGCAGUGGGCAGUGGUGGAGGUAGAGCUGGCUCCAGCUCUGUUGACACCACCCCCUCUAGCACUGGAGCCAGUGUCCCCUCCACCAGCAGUGUUGGAGGUGGAGCAAGGGCCAACAUGGGCUCCAGCAGGAGUGGGAGCUGCUGAGCUGGAGUCACCUGGACCAUCAUUUCUAGUGAGAAGUCCAUCUCCACCUGUGGCUCUUAAGGAGCGUGAGAAGCUUAAUCUCACGGCCUUCCCUCCUAAGCUGGUGGUGGAGCAGUUGACCGCGAUGGAUGCGGAGCUCUUCCAGAAGGUGGUGCCCUCUCCGUGCCUGGGCUCCACCUGGGGCAAGAGGAAGAAGCCGGGCAAUGAGCACCAGACACCCAACGUCCAGGCCACCGUCGACCAAGUCAGAAGGGUGGCCAGCUUCGUCAUCACGCCCUGCCUCGGGGACCCGAGCAUGACAGCCCAGGACAGGGUGAGGGUGGUGGAGCGCUGGAUCCAGUUGGCCCAGGAGUGCAAGAUCCUGAAGAACUUCUCCUCGCCCUGCACUGUAAUCUCUGCUCUGCAGAAAACUUCCACAAGCCACCUGAAGAACACACGGGGGAAGUUUCCCGGGGAAUGGGAUCAACCUUGAGAAGAGGACUGAGGAGCAGCAGUGGCACUCCCUGCAGGGGAGAAGAAAGAGGUGGAAAUCAGAGACCUUCUGGGCAGAACAGUCCUUGGCUCCACCCGCUGUAUCUUACAUUGAAUGGAAGAGUUUGAUAUCAGAGAAGUGGGAGACCCAUCCAAUUGGCGGGAAUACCGAGUCAUGAGUAAGAUCUUGCUGCUCCAGGAGGCUGCAAAGAAUUACAACCUAGAACCCGAGGGAGUGAUUUGGGGCCUCGCUCCAGGGCAUGGAGUUGCUCAACGAGAAUGAGAGCUACAACCUGUCCUGCCAGCCAGAUCCCUAGACCUAGUUGGCCUGCAGAAUAUGCAAGGCCAAGAAGAACCGGCCAUCAUCAAGGUCAGGGGUCAAACACCAAGGGUAGAGGUCAUCAAAAGAUCAAGUCUAAUCUACCUACGGGUGUGGCAGCCUUAACUAUGGAUGUUCAAGCCAGACAUUGCCAGAAGAACUACAUCUCUUCACCCAUAG